CAGUCUAACAGUAUUGAAUUUACUCCUACUAAACAAAGUGGCAAAGAAACAAGAAAUGGAGAAGAAUUAUUAGAUGAUCCAGUUCAAGAUCAUCGACCACGUUUAUUGAUUAUGGGAUUAAAAAGAAGUGGAAAAUCAAGUAUUCAAAAAGUUGUAUUUCAUAAGAUGCCAGCAAAUGAAACAUUAUUUAUUGAAAGUACAUAUCAAAUUGCCAAGGAAAAUAUAACAUCGUUCGUUGAUUUCCAAGUAUGGGAUUUCCCGGGACAAAUUGAUUAUUUUGAUCCGGCAUUUGAUUCCAGUAUAAUUUUUGGAGAAUAUGGAGCAUUGAUUUUUGUGAUAGAUGCACAAGAUGACUACUUUAAAGCACUUAAUCGACUUCACCAAACAAUUACACAAGCAUAUAGUUUUAAUCAAGAGCUUGUGUUUGAAGUAUUUAUUCAUAAAGUAGAUGAAUUGUCAGAGGAAUUUAAAUUUGAUACAUUGAGAGAAAUUCAACAAAGAACAACUGAUGAAUUAGCAGACGUUGGAUUGGAAAAUGUUCCAAUAAAUUUUUACUUGACUAGUAUUUAUGAUCAUUCUAUUUUUGAAGCAUUUAGUAAAGUAGUUCAAAAACUUAUUCCGCAAUUACCAACAUUGGAAAACUUACUAAAUAUAUUAUGUGCUAAAGCCUUCCUAUUUGAUAUCAAUUCAAAAAUUUACGUUGCAACUGAUAGUUCACCUGUGGAUAUACAAUCAUAUGAGCUUUGUAGUGAUAUGAUUGAUGUUAUUAUUGAUAUUUCAGAAAUUUAUGGGCAAAAUAAUUCGGAUGAAGCAAUUGGUCAAUCAAAUUUACUGGAGAAUGAGAAUACGACAACUUAUGGAACAAUUGCUGAUACUGCAAUUGACACCUCAUCGUUAAUCAAAUUGAAUAACGGAAUGAUAUUAUGUCUUAAAGGUGUCAAUAGAUUUCUUGCGCUAGUAUGUUUACUUCGAUCGGAUAAUUUUGAGAAACAUGGACUAAUAGAUUAUAAUUUUCAAUGUUUUAAGCACGCAAUAGCAGAAGUAUUUGAGUUAAAACGUCUUAGUACCGAAAGGAUUAAGCAAGAAAAACUAAAAACUAGUGGAAAUUUUAGCGAAGAUGAUAAUUUCAACUAA